AUGCCUCCCAUCCUCCCGCGCUGGCACCUCGCCCUACACCGCACCACCACCAAACAAAUUACCACAUCCACCCUUCGCCCAGCCACCACGUUUCUCACCAACACGCGCCUCAUCUCAACAUCCCCCCUUCUAACCACCCACCAACAAUCCUCCACCAUCACCGCCCUCGACCAACAAAUCCCCAAACCCCCGCCAAAGAAAUGGAUAACCGACCUCCCCGCUCGCGUCGGAGAAUGCAUCAUUUUCGGCUGUUCUCCGCAACAAGUCCAUGAUGCUUCUUUGAUCUUGAAAGCGCUGAGUGAGGAGUGGAGGGGGUUGUUGGCGGGUAGUGAAGGUUUCCUCACGGGUGGGAGGAGAGGGUUGGAUGGACGGGAGGUUGCGUGGGGGGAGAUGGAUAGUUUUGGCCACGUAAACAACGUCAACUACUACCGCUACGCCGAGUCCGCGCGAGUCAACUGGAUCACUAACUUCUCCGUGCACGUCGACCCAGCUCACAGGCAAGAAUGGACGGAACUGAUGCAGCCAAAGGCCAUCGGGUUGAUUAUGAAGUCUCUCAAGUGUGACUUUAAAUUUCCAAUGGUCUACCCAGACCGCAUCUCCGUCUACCACCGCCUCGCCGCCCCUCCCCAGCCCGGGCAAACCAGCUUCCACCUCGAAUGCACCGUCCUCUCGCACCAACACCGCCGCGCCGCCGCGCGGCUGGAGGAGGACAUUGUCAUCUACGAUUACCGCAAGGCAGGCAAGACGGCCAUGCCCGAGUUCAUGCUGAACCUGUUCGAGAAGACGUGGAAGUUGCAGCAAGAGGAGACGAUUAGAGCCCGCAAGAGGAUAUGGGAGUUGAUUGGGGGAGUCGAAAAGUUGGAGAGGGAGACGUGGGAUCGGGAGGAUGCGAAGGAGGAUCUGGGCAGUGCGGUUGGGGGGUUGAGUUCGUGA